GUAUGCUACUUUUCUGCUUGAAAGUUAGCCGAUCCUUUAAAAGUAGGCUACUUUUCUGCUUGAAAGUUAGCCGAUCCUUUAUUGGUUUAAAUUGAGAACUCCAGAGUUCAGAGCAAACGUGUCAUCCUUAAUAUCCAUCUAACCACAUGGUUUCAUUAUGAGGGAAAUGGAAAUAACAGGCCUUUUAACAGGUUCCUGGUAGUGUCACGUCGAAAAGUCCGUCGAUGCUCAAGUUGUUGAUGGCACGAGAGUGGGGUAGUUAGCAUUCUACCCUGGACAGCGACAAAUUGUUGCGCAUGCGCACCCUAUUGAAUGUGCAUCAAUACUGUAUGCGAGUUCAAGAGAGGAACUCGAAAAAGCUUUUGAUAUGGUCGUGGACAUGGAUGGGGAAAAGCGGAAAAGAAGUCCUUGCUCACGGGAAGAGCCGGUGACCGUAAAGAAGACCGUGAAAGAUGGGAAAAAGAAGUGUGCCGAUAUCCCUGAGAGAGUGACACUAAAAAAAGAAAUAGGACUUCUAAGCGCGUGCACUAUCAUCAUAGGGAACAUUAUCGGGUCUGGAAUCUUCAUCUCUCCCAAGGGAGUCCUAGAGCACUCGGGUUCCGUGGGCCUGGCUCUGAUCGUGUGGGUGCUAGGAGGGGGAAUAGCAGCGCUGGGCUCCCUCUGCUACGCAGAGCUGGGAGUCACCAUCCCCAAGUCGGGAGGGGACUACUCCUACGUCACUGAGAUUUUCGGGGGCCUGGUUGGUUUCCUCCUGCUGUGGAGUGCUGUCCUCAUCAUGUACCCCACUACCCUGGCUGUCAUCGCCCUGACCUUCUCCAACUACAUUCUGCAGCCUGUGUUCCCCAACUGUGCCCCCCCAUACAUGGCAACACGCAUGCUGUCGACCACCUGUCUGUUGUUCCUGACGUGGGUGAACUGCUCCAGUGUGCGCCUGGCCACCAGGAUUCAGGAUGUCUUCACUGUGGGGAAGCUUAUGGCCCUGGGACUCAUCAUAGUGGUGGGCCUGGUCCAGAUCUUCAAGGGUAAUUUUGAGGGACUGACACCUCAGGUUGCGUUUGAGUUUGAAAAGAUGCCCUCGGUUGGGCAGAUCGCCCUGGCCUUCCUACAGGCCUCGUUUGCCUUCAGUGGAUGGAACUUCCUGAACUAUGUGACAGAGGAAGUGGUUGAACCACGACGGAAUCUACCUCGUGCCAUAUACAUCUCCAUCCCAUUGGUUACCUGUGUUUACACCCUCACCAACAUCGCCUACUUCUCCUCCAUGUCACCUGAGGAGCUGCUUUCCUCCAACGCUGUGGCCGUGACGUUUGGGGAGAAGCUCCUGGGAAUGUUCUCUGUCAUCAUGCCCAUCUCUGUAGCUCUUUCUACCUUUGGUGGCAUCAAUGGAUACCUCUUCACAUCAUCAAGAUUGUGUUUCUCUGGGGCGAGAGAGGGGCACCUACCCAGCUUGCUGGCCAUGAUCCACUUCAAACACUGCACCCCCAUUCCUGCACUCCUCGUCUGUUGCACGGCCACCAUUGUGAUCCUGUGCAUUGGCGAGACUCACAACCUGAUCAACUAUGUAUCUUUUAUCAACUACCUCUCCUAUGGAGUCACCAUCGCUGGCCUGCUCUACUACAGAUGGAAGAAGCCUAAACUAUACAGACCCAUCAAGGUGAACCUGCUGGUCCCUGUCUGUUACCUCCUCUUCUGGGCCUUGCUGUUGGGCUUCAGCCUGUACUCUGAGCCACUGGUCUGUGGGGUGGGUCUGGUCAUCAUGCUCACCGGGGUGCCCGUCUACUUCCUCGGGGUCCACUGGAAAGAGAAGCCAAAGUGUAUCUAUGAUUUGAUUGAGUCAGCGACUCAUCUGGGGCAGAGACUGUGUUUCGUGGUUUUCCCCCAGAUUGAUCCUAUCGAUAUCAGCCCAUCCCCAGAAUGGACUGACAAAUCUUCAGUCAAGAGCAGUAUGUCUGGGAAUUCUUAAGCUCUUUUACCGUUUUUUUGUUUUUGCUUAUUUCCCGUCACUGUAUGAUGACAGACUUGUUCCGGUUACUGGAACUUCUUGUCUGAUCUUUAAUCAUCUGAAACUCAUAUCCAUUUUCUUACAACUGAGUGGAAUUGCCUGAGUUUUUAUGCAUGGGCCACUUGCACUUUUUUCCUUCUCUUUUAUACUAAGUCAUCAAGUACAACAAGCUAAUGCCAACAGUAUCACCUUCUGAAAUGGACAUCAUCCCAACGAACUAUCUAAGGCCCUUCGCUGUAAACUUUUCAAUGUUGGAAUGGAAGUGUCUCGGUUUGAAUUGACCUGAUGUUGACUGUUUUAUCGUGCCUUAAAGGAGAACAUUCUAGACGACUAGAUUGCCUGUAUUAGCUGGAUGCUUUUAGGAAGAACCUGCUUUGUUUGUUUCCUGUGAGAAUUUGAAAAGCAACAUGGUCUUCCAUUUUCUGCUUCUUGCCGAUGUUUGUUUGCAACAGGACAUCCUCUAAUAUUCUAAAUAAUGAUGAUUAGAGCCAGGAAGGGUUGAAGACUAAAUUAAGCCUUUGACGUGAGCUACUCAUCAGAGUUCAUUCAUCAUCUUAUUAACCAGCAGCCUGAUAACACAAAGCUGUGUUUUCAUCUUGUCAUACUGUUAAGUUAUUCUGUAAAGAGAAGCACAAUCACAUCUCCAAUUUCUAACAUUGAUACAAGGAAGAUAAUAUACUUAGAAAUUAUUGCUUCACCCUAAAGAUGCUUGUUUCCCAAACUAAGAUUCAAAUAUCAAGUUUGAUUACUCACACUCUUUGUAUUUUCUACCACAAUUAAACAGAGCACAUAACACCAAUAAUCACAUGAAUACUAUAAACGUUGUUUUAGCCAUCGUAGAGGUUCCAAAAAUCAUGGUCAAGCUGUUUUCUAGAUAGUUUUAAGGUAUUUCAAAUAAUGAAUGAAGAGUAAUCAUUCACAUGAUUUAAUAUUAGUCAUGCCCAGCCCACAGGGAAAAAAAUCUUGUUUUUUCAUCUUCACAUGACCACGCCCAUGACUGUUAAACCUACAUAAAUAUUUGUUAAAAUACAUUGAUUAUGUUUCUAUUACUAAUAAGCAUAAUGAUAACGUGUGUGUUUCUAGAAGUACACAAGAUGUGUAACACAACUGAAAAGAUCAUUCAAGGGACUUGUAGGUGUGUAGCUUCUCAAUCCAUGACAAGUUCUCAGUCCAACAGCUGCCAUACCAUUAAGCCUGUCAGGAAAAACACAGUGCUAAAGCAUUAAUCACACUGAACAUCUAGUACUUUCUUUUUCUUUGUCUUGAAAUAAAGAGCUUUUACUCUUUACGUUAUUUGUAAAGCAUCUGGUGUUUACAAAGGGACUUGGGAUGUUGACUGAAAU